UCGUCCUAUGACCUCUAAGUGACGUCACAGGUCUUUCAUAAGGCAGCCAUCGUUGUAGCCAGUUUACCGGUAUUUCGUCUAGGCUGUUUGAGGACAUACAUUUUAGAAAAUGGCAGAUGUACCAGCUGGAAAUGCAGAGAAGGGGAAGAAGAUUUUUGUUCAGAGGUGUGCCCAGUGCCACGUUGUAGAGAAAGGGGGAAAGCACAAGACUGGCCCCUGCUUGAAUGGGCUUAUUGGACGCAAGACCGGACAGGCAGCAGGGUUCUCCUACACAGAUGCUAACAAGAGCAAAGGUAUCACCUGGUCCAAGACUACCCUGUUCGAAUACUUAGAAAACCCCAAGAAAUACAUCCCUGGAACAAAAAUGAUUUUCGCUGGACUCAAGAAGAAGCAAGAGCGUGCCGAUCUUAUUGCGUACCUGGAGGAGUCGACAAAGUGAUAAUGUCAACUCUAGGAAAUUAUGAACUGUACAGUCUUAUAUCAAUUUGCAACUAGUGUGUCCGCGGAUGAACUGGUGAACAUGUCUUAUCUCUAUCAUUUUAACCCCGCAAAAGGAGGCUGUGCCCCAAUUUUGUGGACUUUAGAGCAUUGGUUUUCAUUAGCUGUCAUACUUAAAUUUUAACUCUCUUGAUUUUUAAGUUAUUGCCAAGUGGCAGAUAUAGAGCGAACAGGUGUGAAUGUUUGUUGCAAAAAAAAUAUUAAACCAGAUCAACAUUUUAAAA